AUUAUAUUGAUACGCUGUACUGUGCCAUAGCUACGUGAUUUCAUUAUUGGUAAUGGCUGUUGUCCGAACAACAUUAAAAGUGCAGUAGAAUAGAAGCUAAAAAAAAAAUAUUUUAUAUUCCGUGUAAAAGUGAUUUUGUGUUUAAUAAAAAAAAGACUAAGUUUUGUUUAAAUAAACUUUUAAUAUUAAUAAACUAAUAAAGAAAAGAGGAAACUAAAAAAAAGAGGUAUUAGAGAUCGAAAUUUUUUUCGAAAAAAAAAAACAAGAACCGUAAAGUUCUAACGAGUGAGAGCAAUUCGUCAAAAAAAGAAAGCAGCUUUUAAAGAAAAAUUAAGAAAAACUAAUAAAUACUAAUAAAAACACAACAUGAAUCGAAAAACACCACAAGCUUCAAAACAGCAACAAUUCCAAAGUUGUAUGCAAGUAUUAAAUUCUAAAAUAAAGUAUAAGUCAAAAAUUGACGAAAUUCAAAAGUGUUUUAAAUUGUUUAAAAAUGAAGAAGAAAUAUUUCAAAUCAUUAAAAAGGACCAAUUGAGUCUGUUUUUUACCCUUGUUGUACAUUGUAUGGUGGAUACAAAAUGGGUAAAACAGAAAGAGGAUAAGAUUGAACCGAUUCGACAAUCAAUUGAAAAAUGCUUAAAAUUUUUAUGCGAUAUAAACUUAAAUCAUAUUCGUGAAGCGCUACAAUAUUUGCUCACGACAAAACUUUGGUGUGAUACUGAUGAUUUUGUUAAAAUUUUAAAUAAGGAGGAAUUAUCAAAAGAAGAUGAAGAAUUUUUGAAAAAAGAAAAUAUGUACAUUAUUUUACUACGAUUACAGUCGUUAUUUGAAUCAAAUUUGAUUGUAUCAGUAUUUCUAGUUUGUAAUAAAUUAAAAUUGUUGCUAAAAAAAUUAAUACCUGAUCAAACAUUAGUAAAAACAACAUCAAAACAACAGAAACAUUUAUUGACAGACAUUUAUUUUUGCUGUUUAGUAGAACUAAACCGAAAUAAAUUAGUAUUAGAAAUCAACAAUAUAAAUAAUGAUGAUUUAUAUAAAAUGAUAAUUAGAAAUUCUACUCUUAGUUCUUUAAAUACAUCAUUGUCAGAAAAAAGAACGCAACUAUUGGAAAUUUCUACUAAAUAUUAUGUUGCGCAAGUAACAUUAAAAAAUAUAGAUGAGUUUAAUGAGAACAUGAUUCAAAAGUUUUCUAAAGUUUGGGGAAUUCUAAUUGAACAACACCGUGAUGAUAAUUCCGUUGCAAUAAGAAAAUUUUUCGAAAAAGUUUUUGAGAAGGCACAGUCAAAACACAUUGUUGUGGCUUGUGACGUGAUGCGGAAAUUGAACAAGGCUGAUUGGAAAUCACUACUAUGGGAAAAAGUUUUUAGUAUCAUGACUACCAAAAUAAACAAAGUAGAAAAAAUGAAAUAUUCAAAUUCGAUAUCGGCUGAUAUAGUAAUAAAACACGAGGAAGAUUUAGCGUUUUAUUACAAAAUUUUUGCAAAUUUUUUAAAAGAUAUUAGUAAACACUUAUAUCGUGAAUGUUUAUUAACGUUAUUUUCACUAAAUCCAUGUUAUGAAGUCGCUAAUCUUGUCGAUAAUGAAAUAUUUGAUAUUUUAUCCGAAAAAUUUAAAAAUUUAAAUUUAUUAAAAAAAAAUAUAAAUAGUACUAAUAAUGCAAAUGAAGAAAAUGAAACGUCAAACAACAAUAAAGUAUUGACAUUGGAAAAUCAAACAAAUUCAUCAAUAUCACAAACCGAGACAAAGCAAUCAAUAUCAGGCAAUGCGAUGGAAUAUCAAACAAUAUCAAAAGCUGAAUUAUUGGAAUUAUCAUUAUUUUUUGAUUCAGAACUGAUUCCAGAAGGUUAUAUAUUAGAAGCAAUUGAACUUGCCUAUUUACCAGAAGAUACAAUUGGGGACGUUAUCAAUGUGUUGAUGUCACCACGUUUAAAGUUAUUAUCAUGGUCAUUAAAUGUUAACGACUUAAAAUGUGUUAUGAAAACUUUAUUAGAUCCAAAAGCUAAGUAUAUGUUUACAGCAAGAAAUUUGGCCGAUGCAAAUGAUAAGUUAACUCAUGUUAAAGUUGAUUCAAGAGAUUAUUUACAUUUACCAUUGUCACUUGAAUUUCCUGGUAUCGAAAAAGGUUACGAAGAUUUCGAAACUAAUUCUAAUGAUGAUGAGGAUAAUGAAAAUGAUGACGGAGAAGAUAUUGAUGAUAAUGCAUCAUCAACAUAUUCAGAAUAUAAUUACGGAAAUAAUUAUAAUAAUAAUGGUAAUAAUAAUAUACAUAUUGAUAAUAUUCCGUCUGCCAAUGUCAUGAAUAUUGAAUAUAAUACGAAACGUACACGAAAAAAUAAUUAUACAAUUACAACAUAUAAUAAAAACAGUAAUAAAAAUAAAGACAAUAUUACUAUUGAUAAUAAUCAAAUUGAUAACAAUAUUAAUAAUACUACAAAUGAAUGUGAUAAUCCUACUGUAUUAAAUGAAAUUAAUAGAAUUAAAACAAAUAACAGCAAUGAGAAUAUGAAAACUGUGUCAGAAUUGUUAUCUAAUAAUAACGUAAUGAAUUUUGAAAUUGAUCAAAACAAUGCGAGUGAAUUGGAAAAUUUAAAUAAACAAAAUUCAUUUGUUCAAGAAGUUUAUGCAAAAGUUGAUUAUCAAAAUGCGCAAGAUGAUAAAAAUACAUGUAUGGAUACUAUUUUACAUACAUUAAAUGAUACUGAUAAUCCAAAAACAAGUGUUAAUAAUGAUUUAAUAAGUACUGAUCAAACAAAUAUAUUCCAUCGAAAUACUGAUGACAAUAUGGAACUAUUAGAAAAUGAUGCGGAAAAACACCAACCAAUAUUAUCUACAAUUAGUACAACUGAAAUUUCAGCUAGAAGAAAUGAAUGUAUGGACGUAGAUGAAUUAAUUGAUAUGAGUGAACUAUUUGGAUUACCAUCAAUAUCAGACACGUCAAAGCAGAAUGAAAUGACAUAUAAUCCAACGUAUGAUCAACCUACGUCAUCCUCAUCAAUAAAUCGAGAUCAAGAAAAUAGUAGUGAGGAGUUCCCAAUGCGUACUAGAGAAAAAAAUAUGAAACCAACUCCAGGUCCUUCACGACGUAAUCUUGCACCUGAAAACAGGACAGGUACAGGUAAAGAACUUAUAUUUAGCAUUAAUAAGUUAUUUGAUGCAAAAGAUAGUAGAUGUUAUAAUAAAAGUAAUAAUGAUAUUUGUAAUAUUAUUGAUUUUAAUGUCAAAAAAUCCAAUUAUAAAAUUGCUUUAAUCAAUGAUGAUAGGGACAGUAAUAACAAGACUAGGGAUAAUGAUAAUAAUAGUAAUAAUAAAAAUAAUAAUAUUAAAAUAAGUAAUGAUAACAGUAAUAAUAGUAUAGAAGGUAAUAUAAAUAUUUAUAGGGAAAUCGAUGAAAUAAAUAGUAGCAAUAUUAAUAACGUCAAUAAAAAUAAAAUUUACGGCAAUAAUAAUAAUAAUAAAAAUGAUAAUAGCAGUAAUAAUAAUAUUAUCAAUAAUAAUAAUAAUAGUAAUAACAGUAAUAAUAAUAAUAAUGACAAUAGUAAUUGUAAUAAUAAAAAUCAUAAUGAUGACAGUAAUAAUAAUAAUAGUCAUAAUAACAAUAAUGUUAAUAGUAAAAAUGAUAAUAAUAAUAGUAACAAUAAUAAUGAUAAUAAUAAUAGUAAUAAUAAUGAUGACUGUAGUAACGAAAAUAUAGAAAAUGUUUCAAAAGAAACAAAAGUGAGUUCAACCAACAAAGAAAAUGUUUCAAAUAAUAAUACUAAAAAUAAAUUGAUGGAAAGUUUUGACUGUACGUUAUCAACAACAAAGGGUAUGUUAAAGAGAAAAUUAAUUCCCACAUCUUCAUCUACCGCGUCUGUAGUUAAGGAAUAUGGUACUGAUUUUAAGAAAAAGCAAAAGAAAAAUAUAAAUUAUGAAAAAAAAGAUGAGAAUGAUGGUAAUAAUGAUAUUAAUAUUGAAAAUAGAAUUCCUAAUAAUUUGGGUGGUAAUUUUUGCAAUAGUAAUACUAAUGAUAACAGUAACAAUAUAUUUUAUGAAGAUAAUGGGACUGAUAUAAAAUGUAAAAAUGAAUUGAACAAAAAAUUAAAAAAGCUUGUUAUUACAGGCUUAAAAAGUCAACAAUUAUCAUUAAUUUAUGAUUCUAGCACAAGUUCAGCCAGUUAUGAUAAUAUACAAAAUAUUAAUAGGAAUUUGAUAUUAAGUGAUUUGGCAUCUUCAACGUUGUCAUCAUCCUCAUCAUCAUCAUCAUCUUCAUCAUCUGUAACAUCAUCAUCACUACCAUUAGUAAAAUUAAAUGAAAAGUAUCAACGUAAUUUUUAUAAUAUUGAUAAUAUUACUAGGGAAUCAUUAGUUAAAUCCGCAUUAAUUAAUAAUAUACAUAUUAAUUUAAAUACGCUUAAUUAUGAUAUAUUAUUAAAAAAUAAAAUUAGUGUUAUUGUUGAUAAUUAUUUAAUACAACAUCCAAUUGUUUUGAUUAAUAAAUUAGAUAACGAAAUUUUUAUGGAAAAAUAUAGAAAAUUUAAAUGUCAGUAUUACAAAAAAUUUGUUGAUAUAAAACCUAAUAAUAAUAAUAAUAAUAUGAACUACAGUAAACAAAAUAAAGAUGUUAUGAGUGAUCAAUCAUAUAAUAAUUAUAAAUUUGAUGAUGAUAUAGAAAAUGUUAAAGCUUUAAAAUUAUCAAGUUUGAAAAGAAUUAACUUAAAAUCCAAUGGUAUUUUACCACAAAAUAUUAAUAAUAAUUCAACAAUAAUGAAUAAUAUUGAAUGGAAAAAACAGUUUGAUAGAAACAUCCUUAAAAAUUUAAAUGCUAUUAAAAAUAAAAAUAAAACACAAAAUAUUACCAAGAAUAAUAAUUAUAAAAAUAAUUAUAAUAAGGCGAAUAAGAAUAACAAAAAUAGAUUAGUUAAAACAAAAAGAAAAUCAAAUUUAAUAACAACAACAUCAUCGAAAGAUAUCAAUAAAAAAACGAUUAUAAUUAACAGAAAAAAGAAAAAUAAUCAUAAUUAUAUGAAAAAUGUAUUGAAAUUUUUAAAUGAGAAGAUGACAUCAAAAUUACAUUAUAUCAAUAGACAAUUAAGUGAUGACAUGUACUUAUCAUCAUCAUCAUCAUCAUCGUCCUCAAAUUCAAUGAUAAAAGAGUCAAAUAAAAAUUCAAUCGAGUUUUUAAAAUAUAAAAUAAAAGACAAUCAUAUAAUUAAUGAUAAGAAUAAAACAGCAUUUAAUAAAUUGAAAAAUUCAAAACUCAAAAAAACUAUUCGUACCAAUAAAGCAAAUAAUGUUAAAUCCAUUAAUAAUAAUUGUAAUAAUAAUAAUAAUAAUAUAACUGAUAACAUAUAUAAUUCUAAUAAUAGUAAUUCAAAUCAUAAAAAUGUUUGUGAUAACAAUAAAAUUAAUAUUAAGGAUACUAAUCACAAACAUUUAAAAAGAAAUUCUGAUUAUAUUGAAAAUGUAUUGCCAUCAAGUUUAUCUCUCACUACUACAACUAAUAUUAAUAUUACAACUAUUUCUAUUACAACUGCAUCUACUACAACUAUACCUACUACAACAAGUUGUGCUGAUGUUAUUACUGGUACAAAUAAUGGUAUUAACGCCGAUACUAUUGCUAUGACUAAUAAAAUUGAGUUAAAUAAAAGUUCAAUCCCAAAGGGCUUAGUUAAAAUAUCAAAUAAAAAAUUAAAAAUUCAUACUUCAAAAAUUGAAAGUAAAAACCAAAACAUAGAAGGAGAAGAAGAGGAAGAAGAUGAAGAAAAUGAAGAAGAUGUUGAAACAGAAGAGGAAGAAGAAGAUGAAGAGGAUGAAGAGGGUGAAGAUGAAGAUGAAGAUCAAGACGAAGAUGAAGAUGAAGAUGAAGAUCAAAAUCAAGAUCAUGAUGAAGAUGGAGAUGGAGAUGAAGAUGAGGAUGAAGAUGGAGAUGAAGGUGAAGAUGAAGAUGAAGACGAAGGCGAAGAUGAAGAAGAAGAAGAAGAAGAAGAAGAAGAAGAGGAGGAAGAAGAACAUAAUGAUGAUGGAGGAGAAGAAGAAGUCCCAAAACAACAAUCCAAUCAACGCAAAAAAAAGACUUUUGAUAAAGUAUUUCACAACAACUCAAUAUUAGGGAAUAAUGAUGAUAAUGAAUAUGAUGAUAUUAACGAUAGCAAAUUCAAAUAUUUUAACCUUGACCGUAAAAAUAGAAAUAGGAUUAAAUUAAUAAAGAAAAAAUAUAAAAAUGUAACUACAUCAUCAUUAACCCGUCUAUAUAAAAUUAAAUUAAAAAAUACGAAAAUAAAACAAGAAGUAAGAACAAAUUACAUCAAAACCAAAAAAGUAUCAUCAUCAUCAUUUUCAUCGCUAACAUCACCAUCGACACAAACAUCAGCUAUGUUUAAUAAACAAUCAUCCUCAUCAGGAUCCUCAUCAAAUAUGUUAUUACAUAGCAACAAUGAAAUUAUUUCAAAGAAAAAUUAUUCUACUAAAAAUGAUCUUUUGAAUGAAAAACAUUAUGAAAAUAUAAUCGGUAAAAUAGGUUUUAAUAAAAAUGAUAUAAAAAAAGAAAAUAAAUCUAGUAAAUUACUAUUAUCCAGUAUCUCAAAUUAUAAGAAAUAUACUAAAAAUGGAUUGAAAAAAAAUUUUUCGGCCAAAAAUUCCAUAAAAGAUUUCAGUAGUAGUAAUAGUAAAAUUUUAUCUUUGAAAAUUGAAGAAAUUGAUGAAGACAAUAUGGAAGAUCAGUUGUUAUCAACAACAACGGUACAAACCAAUGAAUUUAGUAUUAAUAAUGUUGAUAAUGAGGUUAAUGAUCAUGCUGAUGAUGAUGAUGAACAUGUAUAUUUUCAUGAUAAAACAUAUUAUAGUAAUGAUGAUUACAGUAAUCGUCCAAUUUCUAUUGUUGAAUGUGAUAGAAAUGAUAAAACAAGUAUUAGACACAAAAAAAAUAAUUCAACUGAUAUAAGUAAUAAAAGCAGUAUAAAUAUGAUAACAAAUAAUGUUAAUAACUAUGAUAUUGAUGACAGUGAAGAGGAAGUAAUAAAAAUCAAAAGCAAAGUUUUUAUGGAUAAAAAACAAAAAAUAAAUAAUAAAAUGUUACCACCUAAAAAUUUAUCUAAUCAUAAAAAUUUAAAUAAAAAAAAAUUACGUCAGGAUCAUAAUUAUGAAAAAAAGAAAAAAGAGCAGGAAAAAGAUGAAAAAAUUUGUUUUUAUAAUGAAAACGUUAAUCAAAGAUGUCAAAAGUCACAAGAAAAAGUUUGUUCAAUAAAUUUAUCAUCAACGAAACUCUUAAAUCAUAAUAAUCAUAAUUGCGAUAAAAAAAGUCAUAAUAAUAAUAAUAAUAAUAAUAAUAAUAAUAAUAAUAAUAAUAAUAAUAAUAAUAAUAAUAAUAAUAAUAAUAAUAAUAAUAAUAAUAAUAAUAAUAAUAUUAAUAAUAAUAUUAAUAUUAAUAAUAGCAGCCAUAAUAACAGUAUUAUUAAUAAUAACGAUUUCAAUAUUGAAGAUAUAAAUUUAUUUAUAAGUGAUGAAAGUGAUUUAGAAAGAUUUUCAUCUGAUUCUGAAUAUAAACCAUCAACCAAAUUAAAAGAUAUACCAUCAAAGCGUUAUAAUAAUGACAAGGAGUUACGUUCAAGUAGAUACCGUAAUAAUUUUUCAAUAUAUUAUGUUUUCAUAAAUUCAAAUUAUAUAAAUUUUUUAAAUAUAUGUAAUAAUGGUAAUAUUAAUUACAAUAAUCAUGAAAUAAAUUUUAAUAAAAAAGUACAUAAUUAUAAAAGAAAUACUAAAUUUAAUAAUAUUAUUAAAAAAUUAUAUUAUUUUGGUAUUAUGGAAUAUGAUAAUUUAUUAUUUGAGCAGAAUUUUAAUAUAAAUGAUAACAACAAUACGAAAAAUAGUACUAGACGCAAAAUUCAAUGUGAAAGAAGAAGCGAGAGUUGA